AUGGAUCUUAACCAGACCCGUUUGAUCGGUGAUUAUAUACUUGGCCCCAGAAUCGGGUGGGGUUCUUUUGCCGUUGUUUGGAGGUCUAAACACCGCUUUUCGGGUUUAGAAGUUGCAGUUAAAGAAAUUGACAGAAAAUUACUUAGUCCAAAAGUUAGUGAGAGUUUGCUUAAAGAAAUUUCUAUUCUAAGCACUAUAAAUCACCCCAAUAUUAUUCGCCUUUUUGAGUCCAUUGAGGGAGGUGAUCUUGCUGGUUAUAUUCAACGCCAUCGGAAAGUAACUGAGGCUGUUGCAAGACACUUUAUGAGGCAAUUGGCUGCAGGGUUGCAAGUGCUGCAAGAAAAACAUCUUAUUCAUAGAGACUUAAAACCACAGAACCUACUUUUGUCGUCAAAUGAUUUAACUCCGCAACUGAAAAUAGGUGAUUUUGACUUUGCAAGGUCCUUGACAUCAUCAGGCUUCGCUGAUACACUAUGCGGUUCCCCAUUAUACAUGGCUCCAGAGAUUAUUCAGAAUAAAAAGUAUGAUGCAAAGGCUGACUUAUGGAGUGUUGGUGCAGUUUUAUUCCAGCUGCUAACUGGGAAGCCGCCAUUUGGUGGCAAUACUCAAUAUCAGCUUUUCCAAAAUAUUUUGACAUCUAGAGAGCCAAGGUUUCCACAAGGUGCGUUGGAGGAGCUGCAUCCAGAUUGUGUGGAUCUAUGCAGAAGCCUUUUGCGCCGAAACCCUGGUACUGAUUACUAUGUUGAGAGGUUAACGUUCAAGGAGUUCUUCAAUCACAAGUUCCUCGGGGAGCCAAGGCUGUUGGUGGGUGCGAAAUCUUCUCUACUUCCACAAAUGAAAUCAGUAGUUGAGCAGUUUGAUGCAUCUGCUUCUGAUGAAAGGUCUCAAUUGGAGCAUUGCUUGCAGUCAGCUACCAGAAAUGCAAUAUUAACUAGCACAUCUGAGCAUGACAACGUAACAGUGCUAGCAAAGGUUGAUGACAGAAAUGGAAGUGUCCAUGGGUCUGUGCCAAAUAUUGUGCAUGAUGGGAUGGGGAAACCUGCUGAUGGCAGCCAAUCUUCGUUGGAUCAGCUUCAAGUUGCUCAUUUAAUGGAGUCUAUAGAAAAGGAUUAUGUUAUUGUUAAUCAUCAUUCUGCUUCGACGGAAAAUCUCUCUUGUUACGUUGAGACAUCCCUGCAAGAUAGCUCCACCAGCAAAGCUUCUGUAUACCUACCUCAGAAGAAUAACCAGGAUACAGCAGUUGUUACACAAACAAAGGAGUUUGCUGGUAGUGCAAGCAAUCCUGAGGUCCAUGGAUCAGAACCAUUAACUGUGCCAACUUUAUUAAAGGAAGCACUAGGACUAUCCAUGCUACACCCCUCAAUUAAGCUUCAGUUCUUGAAUCAGUAUGCACGAGCAAUUGCAGAACUAGCCCAAGAAAAGUAUGAUGCUGGAAUGUUUCUAGAAUCAUUUUCAGUUGAGCUUGUUGUUUUGGCUAUAUGGAAGAAAGCUCUUGAAAUUUGCCAUCACUGGGUAGCUUCUACUGGAGAAAGCAAAUUGCAUGAAAGCAGUUCAGCCAGUGAACCUACCCUUGGUCAUGGAGGCACAGAUUUGACUCCGCCUGCAAUUGGUAAAAUGGAUUUUAUCGAGCCUUCAUCUGCCUGCAAGUGGGCAGAAAAAGGGUUCAUUCUUGCGUUUGACUGUGCAGAGAAGUUAUCUCAUAACCUCCGAGACAUGGAUGCUGCAGCUGAGAUGCCUGAUGCCAUGGAGCUGAUAUUCCAAAAGGCACUUGCUAUUGGGACAAGGGGUGCUGUGGAUGAGUACAUGGAGAACAAGGGUGGUGCUGAUGUCGCAUAUUUGAAAGCAAUGCUUCUGCUUCAUUUUAUAUUGGAAGAAGCAACAUGUCUCCCAUUGAACCCUCCAUUUUCAUUAACUUCUGCUAGUGGGAAGCGAAUCCAAAGCUACAUUUUCAACUUGCAGUAUCAUAGGUCUCACUUUUCAAUAUUGCAGCCUAUUCCUGAACAAUCCCCGGAUUCUCUUACCAAGUAA